AUGCAGCAGAGAUCUUCAAGCUCAAGCUUGCGCGGCUCUGGCGAUGAACAGAGAGCCAUCAACGUCGGCGCAGACCAGCAGCAACACACAAAGCGGAGAAGAAUCUUUGACGAAGACUACAUUGACGGGCUACCGAUUUACCAUAGGAGCGUCACCGGAAGAAGGGAAACUUCCCGUUCACGCCCGACGUCAACGGAGAAAUGCAUACACUCAAUCCCCGUGAUCGUGCUGCUCUGCGUCUUCACUCUCUGGUGGUUCUCUUAUCCAGUGGAUGUGGAGAUUAAAGACGGUAGGAUUACGGGGAUUCGGCAGAUUCAUACACCACUGACUAAUAACCCUCGAAUUGAUCUUACCAUACUGGCAGUUGCUGCGUCAUCACCGAUUCCUGCAAAUAAUCCUCAAAAUCUGUCCGGUGGUGAGGACGAAACUUACUUGCCACCUGCGAGUUCGCCUAAUUGA